AUGGCAGCAGCUCGCGCCAUGCUGGACGAGGUUCCCCAAGACCUGCCAAGGCAUAGGAACGACAGCAACGCCUACACGCUCGGCAGCAUAGAGCACCACAACAUCGUCAUUGCGUGCUUGCCAACAGCCCAGUACGGAACGAACAACGCGGCGAAUGUGUUGACCCACCUGGUCCGUACCUUCCCGUCGAUUCGCCUGGGCUUGAUGGUGGGAAUUGGAGGUGGAGUGCCGAGCAAGGCCGAUAUACGUUUGGGCGACAUCGUUGUCGGAACGAGGGUGAUGCAGUAUGAUUUGGGCAAGAUUCUUGGAGACAGACAGUUCCAGCCGACAGCGAUCCCGAAGAUCCCCCAACAGCUGCUCGGCACAGUUGUGUCUAGCUUACGAGCAAAACAUGAGCUGGAGCCCAGUCGGGUCCCAUCCAUCCUGCGGGACAAGUUUGAGGGACACUCCGAGUACGGUCACCCGAACUCACCGGAUUACCUCUUCUGCGCGACGUAUGAUCAUGUAUCUCCAACGCCUGGCUGUGACGGAUGCGACCAUUCAAAGCUGGUGCCACGAAGCAGGCGGAUGACGAAUGAUCCGCUGAUACAUUAUGGUGCAAUCGCUUCAGGGAACCAAGUCCUGAGGAGCGGCACUGUCCGGGACAACAUUGCUCGUCGACUAGACGUCAUAUGUUUCGAAAUGGAGACCGCCGGCCUGGUGGAUAUUCUCCCUUGUCUUCCAAUCCGUGGAGUCUGCGAUUACUCAGACUCUCAUAAGAACAAGCAAUGGCAGAGAUAUGCUGCAGCUGCAGCAGCUGCAUACGCAACGGAAUUACUGGCGGUGCUACCUGUGACUGAAUCGCGUACAAAACCUGUCAACGUGCCCAACCCUCAUCGAGAUUUAUCCAACGACAACCGGCGGCGAUUGCUAGACUCCCUCAGAUUUGACCAGAUGGAUUCUCGUAAAGCCACCGUUCAAACCGCCCACACCAAAACAUGUCGAUGGUUUCUUAGCCACUCUGACUACAAAGUAUGGCUUGAUGCCGGAAAAUGGACGCAACAUCACGGCUUUUUGUGGAUCAGUGGCAAGCCGGGUGCGGGCAAGUCGACCAUCAUGAAGUUUGCAUGGUCGAGUAUGAAGAGCAAAGCCCGCCGCGAGCAGUCUAUUAUUGCUUCGUUCUUCUUCAACGCUCGGGGAGAAUACCUGGAAAGGUCGAUCGUGGGGAUGUACCGAUCUUUGCUACUCCAGCUGCUCGAAGGCUAUCCUGAUCUCCAGACAGUCUUGGACGAUCCCGACCUCGUUUCACCCAGUCAAAAUGGCUGUCCUUGCUUGAAUGUUCUGAAGGACCUUUUCUGCAACGCAGUUUCCGCCCUCGGUCAACGCUCGUUUACUUGCUUCAUCGAUGCUCUUGACGAGUGUGAUGAACAACAAGUUAUGGACAUGGUCCAAUACUUUGAAGAUCUAGCAGAACAAUCCACAGACAACCGCAUUGCACUCCGAAUCUGCUUCUCUAGUCGACAUUAUCCCUACAUCAUCAUACGACGGGGGGUCCGACUCACGCUAGAGGACCAGCCAGGUCAUGCCGAGGACUUGGCAAACUACGUUGCAAGCCGCCUCCGGAUCAAAGAACCCGCGCUUUUCGAAGAGCUGCAACCUCAACUUCUCGAGAAAGCCGCUGGUGUUUUUCUGUGGAUCGUCCUCGUUGUCGACAGUCUCAACAAAGACUAUGGACGGGGUGGACUGGCUCUGAGAAAGAGACUCGCAGAAAUACCGAGCGACUUGAGCAAACUGUUCAAGGACAUCCUGAGGCGUGACAAUGAGAAUAUGGAGGAUCUUCUGCUUUGCAUUCUCUGGCUUCUCUACGCAAAGCGGCCUUUGCGACCGACGGAAUUCUACCAUGCUCUCUGGUCUGGUUUAUCACCGAAGGGCCUGGCCGAUCCUGAAGUCCCAGAUGUUACAGCCCCAGAUGCUGGUGACAGGGUUAGCAGAUGUGUUAUCAGCUCUUCGAAGGGACUUGCUGAGAUCACGAAAUCCAAGCAACCAAGAGUGCAAUUCAUACACGAAUCCGUUCGAGAUUUUCUCGUCAAAGACAAAGGUCUGCAUGAAUUGUGGCCUGAUCUUGGAUUUGAUUGGGAGAGCCCGGCCCCAAGCCAUGAGAGACUCAAACAAUGUUGCAACUCAUACAUGAAUCAUAGCUUGGUGGGUUCGUCUGUUAACAAGCUGCUGUCAGGGACCAAAUCCAACUUGCAGACGGAAAUCUCAAAGGAGUACCCGUUUUUGGAGUAUGCCAGCCAGCAUGUUCUUCACCAUGCCAACGCCGCGGCGAAUGCGGUCCAUCAAGAUGAAUUUCUAUCUCGUUUUCCCGUUCGAAACUGGAUCAGUAUCAUCAAUCUUUUCGAAAAGUUCAAGGUUCGUGAGUACAGCCCAGAUGCAAGCCUCUUCUAUCUUCUCGCAGAAAAGGGAUUCUCUGAGCUCAUCCGCACGAGGCUCAAAGAGGAUCCGCACGUUCAUCGUUUUGGAGAGAGAUACGGGUACCCGCUGUUUGCCGCUUUGGCCAACGGCAACAAAGAUGCUGUUGCUGCUCUUCUGAACUCGCCCUCGAGCAUCUGUAGCGGAGUCGAUAUUACAGAGGGCCUGAACUGCAGGAAAGACUUCAAAGACUACAAACAUCGAACCCCACUAUCUUGGGCUGCCCAGGAUGGCCGGGCAGGCAUUGUAAAGCUGCUUCUCCAGACAGUGACGAGUAUUAAUGACCUGGAUGGUGGGGGUCGAACGGCAUUUUCACGGGCCUCAGAGAAUGGCCACGAGGCGGUGGCGAGGCUUCUUAUCGACAAGGCAGCCGAUACUAACGCCAUCGACAAAAUUGGGUGGACGCCACUCGUAUGGGCUUUAGUAAAGGGCCACGAGGCGGUGGCGAGGCUUCUUAUCAACGGGGGAGCGAACGUCGAGGUUACCGACGGGCGCGGAUCCACAGCACUCUUCUUGGCCUCAGAGAAGGGUUACAAGGCAGUAAUGGAGCUUCUUAUCGACAAGGGAGCAGAUAUUAACGCCAGCGACGGGACCGGAUGGACGCCGCUCUUGUGGGCCUCGAAAAUCGGCCGCGAGGCGGUAGCGAGGCUUCUUAUUAACAAGGGAGCAGACGUCGAGGCUAGCGAUAAGCGCGGACGGACACCACUCUUAUGGGCCGCUGUAAAUGGACACGACGCCGUUGUUAAGUGCCUUAUUGCGGCCGAGAAACUAGACCUUGCCUCAGAGGAUGAUACUGGCCAGACAGCUCUAUCAUUGGCUGCCGCAAAUAGUCACGAGGACGUUGUCAAACUACUUCUCGCAACUGAAAGAGUCAAUCCAGAUUCCCAGGACAACCACAGCAGAACUCCAUUGUUAUGGGUGGCUAAAUCCGCCGAGGCAAUACACCCCUUUGGAAUGACCGCUCAGGGCAACAGCAACCAUGCUUUGCUAGAUCCCCAGAUGCAACUUAUGCUUCUGGAGCAACAGAACAAGAAGAGGUUGAUGAUGGCACGUGCAACCGAAGGAGCCAAUCCAGAUUCCCAGGACAACCACAGCAGAAGCCCAUUGUUAUGGGUGGCUAAAUAUGCCGAGGCAAUACACCCUUUUGGAAUGACCGCUCAGAACAGCAGCAGCCAUGCUUUGCUAGAUCCCCAGAUGCAACUUAUGCUUCUGGAGCAACAGAACAAGAAGAGGUUGAUGAUGGCACGUCAAGAAAAUUAUGGCCUAAGACCACAGCAGCGUAUCGUCAAGCUGCUGCUAGAAAAGGGCGCCAACGUCAACGCGAAGGACAAUGAGGGUCGGACGCCGCUGUCGUAUGUCGCCGAGAAGGGGCACGAGGCUAUUACCAAGCUACUGCUGGAUAAGGGUGCCGACGCCGAGGCGAAGGACAAUGAUAGUCGGACGCCGCUGUCGUAUGUCGCCGAGAAGGGGCAUGAGGCUAUCGCCAAGCUACUGCUGGAUAAGGGUGCCGACGUCGAGACGAACGACAAUAAUAGUCGGACGCCGCUGUCGUAUGUCGCCGAGAAGGGUUAUGAGGCUUUCGCUAAGCUACUGCUGGAUAAGGGUGCCGACGCCGAGGCGAAGGAUAAAGAUGGUCAGACGCCGCUAUCGCGGGCCACCGAGAAGGGGCACGAGGCCAUCGUCAAGCUGCUCCAACGAUAA